AUGCGAUGCUUUAGUUCUCUACUGUUUACAGUGGUCGGUGCGAGCGCGAGUGUCGCGUGUCCCCACCGAGCAUCGAUCCGCUCCGCCCAGCGCUCGCUCCUCCCACCUGCGGCCGCCGUCCCUCGCGUCCCUCGCUCCGCGCCCGCCCGCCGCACCGCCCUCACACCCCCGCACCGCUGGCCUUUGUCGCGCGCCGCCCGCGCGCGGUCACCUGUGUCGCAGGUCCUCAGUCGCAAAGCGGCCGCGUCGCGCGCCACCCGCUUCGCACUACGCGCGCUAUAUUAUGUCAGUGACGUGAUGGAAGGCAAAGAGUUCGGUGUUGUUCCCGGCUUGCCGGCUGGCCUGGACUAUUUUAUGAUGCCAAGAAUAUGUCAGCCCGCGCCUCAGUUUGACUUUCGUAAGCUUGGCGCUAGCUUCAGCGGCCGAGAUGACGACAAGAGUGAGGAUCGACGGUCACCCGAGUAUCUGCCUGACAGGCGCGACCCGCCGCCGGCGCCCUGGCCUCUCGGCCUCGGUGUACAGUUCGUCAACCCUGCGACCGGCAAGAAAAGAGUACAGUGCAAUGUUUGUCUCAAGACUUUUUGCGAUAAAGGAGCCCUAAAAAUUCAUUUUUCCGCGGUUCACCUACGAGAAAUGCACAAGUGUACAGUGGAAGGAUGCACUAUGAUGUUUAGUUCCCGAAGAUCAAGAAAUCGCCACAGUGCUAACCCAAAUCCUAAACUACACUCGCCGCAUGUGAGACGCAAGAUUUCAGCACACGACGGUCGGUCAGCUCAGCCUUUCCCACUGCUCCCUGCUUUAGCGAGAUUGCCAAUUCCUCCACCGGGACUUUUACCACCUGAGUUAGCUCGAUUGCCACCACCAAUGAACGGGGCUCCAGGACCAACUCCUUUGCCACCGCGUGUGCCUCUCGAUGAUCUCUGCAACUUCAGUGAAAUUGAGAAAAUGUAUAGAAAAUUACCGCAUCAUGACGAACCUUCACGCAAUGCUUUAAAUCUAGCUAAACCUCUUAAUGUAGACGAAGAUGAGUCUAAUAAUUAUAGUGAAAUUAACGAUGAUGUUUCUGAAGAUGAGCACAAAGAUAAUUCUGGUGAGCGGACUGAAUCUCCGGUAGUUCACAGGUUAAAUUAUGAAGAUGAGCCAGAGGAUUUGAGUGUAAAUAAAAACAAAGAAGAUACCAAACCCGAUGCUGUAAAAUCUAAUAGUGUAAGCCGUACUGACCCCACCGCUUCGGACGAUAAGACGUCGUCACUCGUUCCUAAUAAACGUAAGAGAAAGAGCGGCAACCCCACGCGGUGUUCACAAAACAACGAAUAUAAUGUAUCCGACGAGGAGUACCACGCAGAUUUAUUUAGAAACUUGUCGACUCCCGGCUCGAGUCGAGCUGAAGAAGAACCGUUGUCGUUAAAAAAACAAAAGCCUGAAAAUAUAGAGUCCUUUCAGAACCGUGAGGAAGCUACUGUGGAUUCGGAAUCAGUCACACGAGUUAAAGCUGAAAGUGAAUCGGACGAUGAAUCAAGUGCCCCUAGUGUAGUCCGCGAAGGUUUGAGAUUACGAUCCGAUCUCUAUACACCGAGCGACAGCGGAAGUGAUUUACAUGUGCUAGAAGAACGGUUAGCAAGAGCGCGGUCACCGUCAGCUAGCAGCGACAGAACGGAUGAUAAGUCAGAUAUCAAUGACCUAGAAAUUCCUAUAGACGACGAGAACCCCGAUCGGUGUACUGCUUGUGGAAAAAUAUUUCAGAACCAUUUCACAUUGCGUAUGCAUUACAGAAACGAUCAUUUAAAAUUGCUCCACCCCUGUGAAGUAAAUGGUUGUGACGCUGCCUUCCCUUCUCGGCGCAGUCGAGAUAGACACAGUUCGAAUGUAGACCUACAUAGACGGCUGUUGUCAACAGGCUCUCCGGAAGGACGGGAGCAAAAACCUGAUUUUGAGGUAAAUGCUGAACUUCUAAAUAAACUGUAUUCGGAUAUCAAGGGCCUGGCAUCAACACUAGAAAGUCUACGGUACGGACGUAAUGAAGAGGCCACACCACUUCCUAGCUAUGUAACCGAAACAAUGAAAUUUUACAGUCGGAACUUGAGUGCGUUGCAAGCGGGGUUUUUCCCACAAUUCGGUGAUCGAGGGUUUUUUCCGACGCCAUUUCUGAUGGGUAAUGGCAUGCCUCCAGCUGGUGGGCCGUACGGUGCUGCAGCAGGUGCACAAUCGGUUCGAGAGUCUCUGUCACCAUUGUCUGCGUCUUCGCCUCCGGUAAUCUCUCCGGGACGGCUGGACGCGGCACACGCACGCCCUCGGGACGAUGCUAACCUGCUUUUUCGUGAGAGCUCAGAAUCAUUCAAAAAGAUGACGUCACUAUGUGAACGCCAAGAACAACUGUAUCAGCACCAUGUACCGGUGUCAUGA